UUGUGAAUUGCAAAAAUUUUGUUGUGUUAUUUUUUGCAUUUCCCACAUAACAAUGCCGAAUUUUGUGCAAGGUGUUUGUGAGGACUUUUGUCCUGAAGCUGAGUUUAAAUUAAGAACCCGCGAAAAACUAUUAAAUUUCUUUGAAUAUAAAAAUGGCCAAAAACAUGUACCUGGUACGUUGGUUAAGUGUUUUGCCCGAUCUGCAGCAGGUAUAAAAACACCUAAGUCAAAGGAUAUGAGAACCGAAAGAUGCUUACAACGUUGCACAGAAUAUUUGUUAAAGGACAUUGUACUGGAUAAACGGAAAUCAUUUAAUCACGUUUACGAUUUUAUAUUCGACCGUUUAAGAGCAGUACGACAAGAGAUUGUUAUGCAAAAUUAUAAUGCAAAGCAGACUAUUAAGCUAUUACAGCCCAUGAUAAUGUUUCUAAGCUACAGUCGAUAUAAGUUGUGUGAGGAAGCCGUUGAUAAUUUCGAUCCCAAAAUAUGUGAACAACAUCUACAAGAGUGCCUAAAAAGGGCAUUAGUAUGUUACGAUGAAAUAUCUCUCGAUGAUUUAAAACUAAUUGAUAUAUAUAAUCGCGCUUUUCUGGAAGCUUUAUAUCAAAUAUUCAAUUUAGGCUCAUUGGAUGCGUUAAAGAGGUGCCUCACCUUGCCUGAGGAAAUAAGAUCUAACACACUAUUUUCUUUGGUGUUUAAAAUAUCUUUGAGCUACAUGCAAGGUAACUACUAUCGCGUUUUAACUGGUCUUCAAACACUUCCUCAUAUACUGUGUGCAAUUGGCUCAUUAAAAUUACCUAUUCUAAGAAGAAAUCUUUACGAGAUAUUUUCAAAUGCUUACAGCAGUAAACAACUCUUAGUACCAGUUGAAUUCGUACUACGUCUUACUGCGCAUGCCAACUACAAUGAACUUUAUGAAGAUUGUAAAUACUACAAUAUCAAGGUGCUGACUGAUAAAUUACAAUUGAAUUUUCAAAAAAAUGAUUUUAAUUCCAAAACAACCAUAUUGAAGUGUAGGCACGAACAUUUUGUUGAUGUUAAAUUGAAGAAUAUUUAUUUGCCUGAAGUUUUGUUAAUGAAGAAAAUGUAAAUAAAUUAUAUAAUUAUUAAUA